AUGGCUACCCCUGCCCGUCGGCAGCGUCCUUUACCGUCUCCACCUGCCCAGGUCACCCCUGUGCACUCAUGGCAAGAUCAGUAUACCUCUGCAAUACCUAAUGCUAUCUAUUCUUUUCACGACCCCUAUAUGAUACCCUCCCCGUACCAUCCACACGCACCUUAUCCUCCAUCGGACCACUACGAAGAGCCUCAGACGACAUCUGUUCCAGCCGGAACGUUCCUUCACAAAGGCUUCUAUGACCUCUUAGCCAUGAUUCCUACUCCUUCUCCAUCUCGUUUACUCUGGAAAACUGCUGCUCCCCCUCCUGAGCCUGUUGUUGCUGGUCCUAGAUAUGAGGAGUUGGAUACCACCCCAACUACGCGGGCUAUGCCCAAAAGAGGACGGCGUGUCAGCAAAGACAUGGUGUCCAAACCGACAGGAUUUGUUCAUCUCGUACAUGCCUCCGAUGCAGACCAGCUUGAAGCUCUUCUAACGCGCUGGGGUCCAGAUGGUGUUGGAAAGCUUGGAGAUCCUCACUGGGCAAACCCGAUCAAGAAUUAUAUCAGACAAAGGAAUCAAGAAAAGGCUAUCAACGAAGUGGUCAGCGCUCUCAAACCGUCUCAAGGCGGUAGACUGGAUGGACCCCUUUCUGGGCAGCUUCACGUCGUAAAUGGAAUGAGUACCACCAGUGCCACUUCCUCUUCUCUCACGACAGCCGCCAGGGAGAAUGUAAUUUUUACUUCCUCUUACCCAGAAGGCCUUCCAGGAGGAAGAGCUGGAAAUUCUACUUUUCGUUUGGGGGGUCUUAGAUCUCAUCCUGAAGUUCAAGAAGUGGAUGAUCAAGAUCCGAACUCGUCGUUAGAGACUGUACAGGUUGUAAAACCACCGAGACUUAUAUCACCAUCCCUUGCAACUUUGGAAAAAGCUGUGGCUGCCCGCAUUUAUUUUGAGAAUUUAUAUUUUCCACUCUUCCGACAUCCUUCAUCGCGAGAACAAAGAAAACUGGCUAUGGAAAAGGAUAUGGCUGAGAUGCAAUUAACCCACCUACAGAAGGAGCAACUUCGGGCUCGAUGGAGGCAAAACGAGACCGAUUACUUGCGAGAAAGAAGGCAAAAAGUUGAUGCUAGUUCGUUUGUAAAGCUAAAGACCAUUGGGCACGGUGCGUUUGGCGUCGUUUCUCUCGUGAGAGAGAAGUCAACUGGUAGUCUUUACGCAAUGAAGCAGUUGCGUAAAGCUGACAUGUUGAGGAAAGGCCAGGAAGGCCACGUCCGUGCUGAACGCGAUGUCCUCAAAUCUGCGUCUUUGGUUCACACCCCGGGUGGUGCCGAGUGGAUAGUAAGGCUUUACUAUAGCUUUCAGGACCGCGACCACCUUUAUCUGGUCCUGGAAUACAUGGGCGGGGGAGACUUGCUAAACCUUCUGAUAGAGAGGGAUGUCUUUGAAGAAGACUUUACCAGAUUCUAUGUUGCCGAGAUGAUUCUCGCGAUAGAAAGCUGUCAUCGCCACGGGUUUAUCCAUCGUGACAUUAAACCAGAUAACUUUUUAUUUGAUCCAGAAGGACACAUCAAGCUCAGCGAUUUCGGCUUAGCAACUGAUCUCCAUUGGGCCCAUGAUACUUCGUAUUAUGAACAACAGAGAUUACAUCUGCUCCACAAGCACGGUAUAGACCUCGAAGACCCUAUUGGUAUCGCUGACGGAAGAAAGACCAAACGAAUGGAUCCCAAGGAAGUCGAACUUCUAAUGGGAGGUGGCGAGGGGGAAGGGGGUAUAUUUACAUGGCGCGAGAAAAACCGAAGAAAGCCUACUCUGUGUAUGUACAGUUUCAUUCCCUUUCUUUGCAAUGGCACGAAGCUGAGUCGGGCUUUAAUCAGAUGUGGUACCAAUUCCUACAUGUCACCAGAAGUGAUUAGAGGUCAUGGCUACUCCUACUCUUGUGAUUGGUGGAGUCUUGGUGUUAUCAUGUUCGAAUGCUUAUAUGGAUUCCCGCCAUUUGUUAGUAACUCUCGGCAUGUCACUAGACAGAAGAUAUUGAACUGGAAGCAAUCCCUACGUUUUCCCUCUCGGCCGAAGGUGUCCCUUGAGGGUGUCAACCUCAUGCAACAACUGCUUUGCGAACCGGAGGAUCGAUUGGGUUCUCAAACGUCAUCUUCUACUCUGCGGCCCGACUCCAUGGUCGUUCAAGCGCGGAGAAGUGGGUUUGUUUCACAGUUAACUUCCUCAGAAGGUGACGGAGCGCACCUCAUCAAGGCCCAUCCUUGGUUCAAAGGCAUCGAUUGGGCGAAUAUACAUCGUUACCCUGCGCCCUACCGCCCGGAACUUGCGAGUCCUGAAGACACGCGCCAUUUUGACGACGAUAUUCCUGCUGAGCCUUUAGCACCUGCCAAUGGCGCCCCUCCAGAUGCUACCAAAGAUCCUCUACUUCGACAUAAGGUUCACGGCGCAGAAAUUUUGGACGUACGGAAGGCUUUAGCAUUUGCUGGUUUCACGCACAAGAGUCCUCGCACAUUGGAUUAUACCAGAGCCGACAAAGCAUUUGACGCCUUACACGACCUCAAGCCUGUCAAGGGCACUGUAAGGGGGCGCCCAGUCGUUCGAGAAACACGAGAAGUGGGGCUGGGCCGUGCUAUUUCUAUGUAA